AAAUGGCAAAAUCAAAGCGGGCAUAGCACUAUUGUCUGAAUUCGAUUCUCUCUACCCGGAAUGAGAAUUGCGAUCAAGACUGAACUUUUGAGACGAAUCUCGUCUUGUUUCUUCAUAAUCUGGUGUUCUAGGGUUUCUGUUUUGCCAUUCCUGCUGUCUAAACCCCUGCAGAAUCGUUUCUUGGGAGUGAUCUGAAGAUCUGAAGAAACAAUCUCGUUUCUUCUUCCUUUCAAUCUCCGCCUCCUCAAGAAAGAUUCAAUCUUGGUGAAAUAUAAACACACAAUCGCAGAGAGAGGGAGAUGGUUCUGUUUGGGAGCCCAGGGACGGUGAGUGGGCUGUUUCUGAGGAUAGGGCAGUGUGGAUUUGCAGCUGCUUCGGUUGUGAUAAUGGCUUCUGCUUCUGGAUUCUCUACUGCCACUGCUUUCUGUUACUUAAUUGCAUCGAUGGGGCUUCAAGUGCUGUGGAGCUUCACACUUGUUUGUCUUGAUAUCCACGCAUUGCGGUUGAAAAAAGACAUGCAAAAUCAUGUGUUGGUGAGCCUGUUCGUUGUUGGUGAUUGGGUGACGGCCACCCUAUCACUUUCAGCAGCAUGUGCAUCAGCAGGAGUGGCCAUCUUGUUCGACAGGGACACGGUGAUCUGCAGGAGGAUGGAGAAGAUGUCGUGCUCCAUGUUCCAAAUAUCAAUCGCAAUGGCAUUCAUCUCCUGGUUCCUCCUUGCCGUCUCUUCCCAUGUCACCUUCUUCCUUCUCGUCGCCUUUGCUGCAUCCCAGCAAUAGAAUGCAACUGCAAUACACUCACUCUCUGAUGAUCAUCAUAUUCUUGACUUCCCUUGUGAAUAAUAGAGUAAUUUAUAUUUUAUACUUCUGUUUUGGGUGCCCGUGUAAUUGACACUAGUAUAACUUUCUACUGGUUUUUUUGUUCUAUGAAGCUUUUUGAUCCCUUGUCAUGGCUGAUCUGGGCUGAAGUAACACUUGAAUAUUGACACUAUGUUCCAUUCAAGGAAUUUGGAAGGGAAAAGAAAAUGAUAAAUAAUUUUUCUUGUUUGGU